UUAAACUUUUAUAAUAUUUAUUUUUUAAAGAUUCCAUUAUUUAAAUGACUCCAACCAGUCCUUAUAGAAUAACUGUAUUGAUAUUGUUGGCUUCUUUAACAUGGGAAGUAGUAAUAGCUGAAUCCCGAACUGGAUGCCAAAAAGAUGUGGUAUACCAUAGUUUUUUGGAUAUAUCUUGUAUGUGCCCAUCUGGUGUGUAUAAAAUUGGAACAGGGAGCCAACACAAAUCAAUUUAUUUCGAAAUUUCUAAAGAUGAAUUUAUCAAAAUCAGGUUAGGUCAACAUUUUAAACCUAAUUUCAACUUAAAAGAUGAAAAUAUGAUAGAAUUAAACUUAACUAUCUUAUCUAUGGACGAAAUCACUAUUCUAAAUAAUUGGUUAGAUCUCAACAUAAAUCUUUACGAAGUCGACAUUGAUACAGAUUUAAAAUUAGAAAUCAACUCUCAGAGAAGUGUUAAUCCAUCAUAUCUUACAGUAAAAAAAAUCAAAACUGGUUCUAAAACCUUUAGCAACAUUUCACUAGAACUGCAUUCCACAUAUGAAAAUCAAGGUUUUAUUUAUAAAAUAAGGACGUACUUAUCUAAAGGAGGAAAUCUAAUGAUUAAGUGUGAAACCAUACCAAUUAUGGGUGGCAUGGGUUAUAAUUUGGGCAAGAUAUCUCCUUGUAAUAUUAAAAACGUGGCAAAUAGUGCGAAGAAUAAUAUGGAAGAAGAUUUAAUUUCGAGAGUCAACAAAAAUAAUAAUGAAAUAAGGGGAGAAGUUGUUGAUUUACUCAAUUCCGAUGGUAAAAUAAUUCUCCUAAGCCUAAAUUUGAACCCAAGAGGUCAUGGUGCCAUGGCCCAAAACAAUCGAUGGAAAUACAAUAAAUAUAGCCUUAGUUUAUCUUACUAUUAUAUCAAUAUUUAUGUAAAGAGUUGCAAAUAUUACAAUAUUCAUCCGGUCAUUAGUCAAGUAUCAGAUUCGCGUAAUAAUAACCCACAAUUUAAAAUCUCGCGUAAAACUUUGUUAAAAACCGAAAGAACAAAAUUAUUUCUCAAAGCGACCUAUUCUCCUAAAAUUUCUAAAAAAAACCUCGAAGGUGUAUGUGGAAGAGUCUCAAUCACUGAAAAUGAUAAGGAAAAUUACGCAAAAUUGAACAAAUUUUUAACCACAAAUUUUCCACAAGGAAAUAAUGGUAAUAUAUCUUUUAACAAAAUUGCGGAAGGAAGAUCCUUAUUUAAAUUGACAUCUUCAAAUUCAAACGUAGAAGAAACCAAAGAUUUUGAUAGUAAUGAGAGCAAUAUCUAUUAUGAAAGAGCUUCUUCUAAUUCAAAUAGAUACGACAUUGUGAAAGAUGAUGAACUAGCUUCUGACAUAGAGGAAUAUAGUGAGAAGUCUAAUAAAGAAAUAUUUGAUUAUCUUUGGUAUUACAAUAUUUCCAAAAGUCGAUACGAUACAAUUAAUAGUCAGAGAAUAGUAGGAGGAAUGCCCUCUCCUCCUGGAGCCUGGCCCUGGCAAGUAAGUAUUAGAAUGAGAGGCAGACACGGAUGUGGAGGUUCGCUGAUAAAUGAGAUUUGGAUUAUAUCGGCUCAACAUUGUUUUAACAGAGAAGAUAAAAUCAAUCAUGCAAGCAUAAACAGAAAAAAGAGGUUUGGAAAACAAUCAGCACUGGUCAAGUAUAGACGCGCUUAUUGUUCCUCUUCAAAUAGAAGCCUCUCUAGACAGAGAAAAAGUCCUACGGGAGGACUUGGUGAAAAGACAACAUUAUAUUUAAUAAAAAGCAAAAGGUAUGACCAUGAUAUAGUUCUAAUCAAAAUGGAUAAACCAGUAGAUUUCAAUAAGUUUGUAUCACCCAUAUGCUUAAUUUCUAAUAAAACCACAAUUUUGACAUACUCGUUGUGUUAUGUAACCGGUUUUGGAGAUGUCCGAGGUAAAGGAAAAGAAUCUGUUCUCAAUGAAUUAAAUCUGGCUAUUUUAGACUUCGAUCACUGUAACAGCAAAGAUUAUAUGAACCAUAGAUUGUCAUCUAACAUGUUAUGUGCCGGCGGUGAAGUCAAUAAAGACGCUUGUGUGGUGGGCAGACAGUGGCGGUCCAUUAGCCUGUUUAGACGAAGGCGAAAAACGCUGGGAUUUGGUAGGCAUCGUAUCAUGGGGAAUUGGAUGUGGAAAGAAAGAUAGACCAGGCGUAUACACCAAAGUGAUUAAUUAUGUCGAUUGGGUCAGAAAAAAUAUUGCAAAUUAGCAAAAACGAUUUAGUCACAAAAGAAUAAUUUUUACAAUAAAUAAAAAAAUCACAUUUUAUCAUUUAUAUGUAUAAUCUUCAGCAGUAUCAACAUCAAUAAGUUUCCUUUACUAAAACAUAAUUAUUGAAUAUUUAGACAUCGUUUCACCUUAUAUGAAUAAGACCCUUAUUUUGGUAGAUUUUAUUUAUGUCUGGCUUUUACGAGGAUGCCAACAAACCUUGUUACCCAUAACAAUUACGCUAUCAAGGGCGGCUCUAAAACCCUUCCUCUUUAGGUAUUUAUUUUUAAAAAAUUUAAUCAUUAUCGAAUUAACUACUCCAUAACAGUAAUAAAGUUUAAAAUACAAUAAAACAAUAAGGAAGGUUGCAAGGCUAUCAAAACACUCACUCGUUACAUGCUCAUAAUUCUGUAAUUUUUAUUGUAUCUUUUAUUAUAUUAAUUAUUCAAUGAUUAUAUUAUGCUAUUUUAUUUAUUAAUUUUAGUCAUUUUAUUUCCAAUCUUAUAUGAUUUUUCGAAUAUUAGUUAGUUAAUAUAAGAAGUAAUUUAUAGUUUUACUUUGAUUCUAAGUAGAUCUCCGACUAAACAUGAGUUUAUGAGGUGGUGUUACACUUGUUCCCAAAAUAUCUUAAAUUAUUUCCUAUUGUUCCUAUUUAUGCUAUUUGCCAUCAGUUUCAUAACACUUCCGAACCAGCUUAUUUUGCAGUAUUAUAUGUCCGAUAUUUCUAUACCUAACUUG